AUGGACACUAUAGAUAGUUGCGUUGAAUUUGUAUCCCUUGGCCUUGAUUCAAAUAAAAAACCAUUGUUAUAUAUUGAUCUACACGUCCAGAAAUUCCCGGCAGAAGCUCUCAAAACCCUCAUAGACUCCGGAGCCACUUCCAAUUUCAUAUCCCCCUCUAUUGUCAAGAAAUAUAAAAUCCCAAAAACCCAACUUGAAAACCCACAAGUUGUGAGAAUGUUAGAUGGUACAAUCUCUCAAACCAGUUGUAUUUGGCACCAGGUUCAUCUCACAGUUUUGGCCAAUGGCCAUACACACUCCAUCCCUUUCUUAGUCUGCCCUAUUGGGAACACACCCGCCAUACUUGGCAUGACAUGGCUCACUCAGGAGUCACCCCUCAUAGACUGGAACCUAGGCACUGUCACCUUCCCAGACCAAGUCCAGAUAGCCUUGGAAGAAGAAGCAGAUCUCAACCCCCUUGCAGAUUUACCUACGGAAUACCAUGAAUUUGCCAAGGUGUUUGGAGAAGAGGAAUUUAAGGUCCUUCCCCCGCACAGGGAAUAUGAUAUUGCCAUUGACCUAAUCCCUGACGCCAAACUCUCUCCUGGACCCAUCUACAGCAUGACUGAUGCAGAAUCCAAGGCGCUUAAACUACAUAUUGAUGAGGAAUUAGCAACGGGCAAGAUCUGUCCCAGCACUUCCUCAGCAGGCGCCCCUGUCAUGUUUGUUAAGAAGGCGGAUGGUUCUCUGAGACUUGUGGUAGACUAUUGGAAGCUCAACAACGUUACCCAUAAGAACGUCUACCCUCUUCCCAGGCAAGAUGACUUAAUGGCCAAACUUAGGAAUGCAAAACUAUUUACCAAGCUGGACCCACAAUGGGGCUACAACAACGUCAGGAUUAGAGAAGGAGAUGAAUGGAAAACAGCGUUCAGAACCAAAUAUGGGCUAUUCAAAUAUCUGGUAAUGCCGUUUGGCCUUACCAAUGCCCCUGCCGCCUUCCAGCAUUUCAUGAAUGACUUGUUUAGGGACCUCAUUGACGUCACAGUGGUUAUAUACUUGGAUGAUAUUUUGAUCUUCUCAGAAAAACCUGAGGAACACCCAUCUCAUGUCAGGGAGGUUCUAUCCUGGCUAUUGAAGAAUCAGCUAUUCUGUAAACUAUCCAAGUGCCACUUCCAUGUCACCACGGUAGAUUACCUUGGUAUUGUUAUCUCCCCUGCCGGCUUCUCCAUGGACCAGAAGAAGAUUGAAGCCGUUACAACGUGGCCUGCACCAAAGACAGUCAAACAGGUCCAGGCCUUCCUAGGGUUUGUCAAUUACCUCAGACGCUUCAUCCCAAAUUUCAGCUUGGUAGCGUGCCCCCUCCACAACCUCACCAAGAAGGAAACCCCUUGGUUGUGGGACAUAACGGAAGAACAGGCAUUCCAGGAACUUAAGGCACUGGUAACUAAGGCACCGGUACUCAUCCACUCCAAUCCAAAUCUCCCCUAUUACCUUGAAACAGAUGCAUCAGGGGUAGCAAUGGGGGCCAUACUCAGUCAAAGAGGGGCAGAUAACCAAUUGCAUCCAAUUGCCUAUAUGUCUAAAUCCUUCUCAGGGGCCAAGACAAACUAUGACACCCACAACAAGGAACUUCUAGCCAUCAUCAAGGCCCUGGAGGAAUGGCGUAUAUUCUUGGAAGCAACAGGCAAGCCAAUCCAGGUCUUCACAGAUCACAGGAACCUGGAAUACUGGAUGCAGGCUAGGACCUUCAACCAGAGGCACGCCAGAUGGCGCAUAUUCCUGAGCAAUUUCAAUUUUGAGAUCCAUUAUUGCCCAGGAAAGCAAUCAGGAAAACCAGACGCCCUUUCCAGAAGAUUGGAUUACGUAGAUGCUCCUACAGAACCAGAAAUCAUGCUGCCUUUGGAAGUUUUUGCAAACACGUCAGAAGAGGAACUUGAGAUUGUCACAAAUAUUUGUGACAAACUCAGGGAAGAUCCAUUGCUAGAACCCAUCAUCAGGUUCCUCACGGAAGACGCAGACAACGCCCCUCCGUCUAUUUGCAAAGCUUAUAAAGACUAUGAUUGGGAAGAGGAUUUGCUAUGGUACUGCGGAAAGCUAGUGGUCCCAGACUCAGAAGACCUCAAGGAUUGA